AAACAUAUCAUACAAUAUUGCUCUUUCGUCUCAUGUCGGAAAAGAAGCAAUGUUGUGUUGUGAUGAGGAUUAACUUGGAUUGCAAUGCUUGUUGUAGAAAAGCUAGGAGGAUUAUCAUCAAUAUGAAAGAAGUUGAUACACACAUGAUCAACAAAAAGGAACGUCAAGUAAUCCUUUGCGGACGGUUUCGACCAUCCGAUGUUGCAUUAAAACUGCAAAGGAAGAUGAAACGGAGGGUUGAGAUUCUCGAAGUUGAAGAUCUCACCAAUGGCCAUGGAGGAGAAGAAGGAAGCGAGCACGAGCUACCGUAUGAACAGCCACAUGAAUAUUCUAAUCAACCUGAUCAGAUGACCACACCAUUGUUGUGUUAGAUAUCUCUAAUUCGUUUGUUCUUCUAUCCUCCAAUGCCUAAACAUUUGUGAGAACUAUUAGAAGAAACAAUGGCAUAUAAUGACCAACACGUUUGUUUGUAUGUACAAAUAUAUAGAAAACUCUGUAGCGCAGUGCGGAUGAUCACCUAGUAUAUAUAAAAGUUGAUAUAUAUUCAAUGCAUUACAUUGUCUCAAAA